CGGCCCUUUCUGUCUCGGCCAUCUCCCCCACCUUUAACUUUUCUGUUGACAAGAAAAUAGAACCAAGCGCACGCAGUCUUCCGCAACUCUCACUUUCGUACACCCACCCUCUUGGCCCUCUCCCGCUCUCUUUUUAGGGCUUCGCCGGCCGAUGCGAGACGCCACUUCCCCUCCCCGAUCGAGCGCCGUUCCGUCGCCGGGAUCUUUUGGGAGCUUCUCAGCGGAUUCUUCGGGGAUCUCGUCGCUCCCCAUGCCGCUUGCCCCCUUAGAAUGAAGCUGAGACCCCUUCCCCCCAUCGCCGCCUCCUGCUGCUCCUCCGUCCGCACCGCCGCCCUCGUCUCCAUGGCUCCCCUCCGGGUCGCCGCCGUCCGGGACGUGGAGAGCGCCCUCGCCGAGGAGUUCCCCACCACCAAGAAGCCCGUCGGCGCCCGCGACGCCAAGUUCCCGCUCACCCGGGGGGAGGCAGCCGCCGCCGCCUCCGUCUUCACGAUCUUCGUCGUCGGCCUAUUCUGCAUCUAUGUCACCAUGCCGGAGGCCGACUAUGAUAAGAUCCUCCGGCUGCCGCGCAACCUUGCCGAUCUUCGCGUCCUCAAAGAUAAUAUUGCUGUGUAUGCAAGAGACUACCAAGCGAAAUUUAUGCUAGGGUACUGUGCAACAUACAUCUUCAUGCAGACAUUUAUGAUUCCAGGCACUAUAUUCAUGUCAUUGCUGGCUGGAGCUCUUUUUGGGAUUGUCAAGGGUGUUGUGUUGGUCGUUUUUACUGCCACUUCUGGUGCAUCCUCCUGCUAUUUUCUUUCCAAGUUGAUUGGAAGGCCUUUAGUUAGCUGGUUGUGGCCUGAAAAGUUGAAGUUCUUUCAGGCACAGGUAGCAAAGCGCAGAGACAAGCUGUUAAAUUACAUGCUUUUUCUGAGGAUAACUCCAUCAUUGCCUAACACAUUUAUAAAUGUGGCAUCUCCAAUUGUUGACAUACCUUUCCAUGUUUUUUUUCUUGCAACAUUGGUUGGUCUUAUUCCAGCAUCUUACAUUACUGUCAGAGCUGGCCUUGCUCUUGGGGAUUUAAAAUCAAUCAGAGAUCUCUAUGACUUUAAGACAAUGGUAGUUCUGUUUUUUAUUGGAUCUAUCUCCAUAUUACCAGCGAUCCUCAAGAGGAAGCGGACAUAUGAAUGAGUCUUCCAUGAUCAAGUUGCUCACGGUCAUUAGAACUCUCAGGAAAGAGGGAAAGUAGUGCAGGGUGAUAGCUCUUUUGUUUUUAUUCGGUUAUAUCUGUAGAUGACAGGCAUUGGCAUAUUUUCACAUUUCAUAAUUUGUUUAAUUAGAUCUCCAAAAUUGGCAACUAAAGGGAAGCUAUAUUGCAGAACUGAAAUGUAAUCUUUUGUCUGAUAAAUGAAGGAAUCAACUUUUUUUUUUU